AUGGGAACGUGCCAGAGCACAGCAAUUGCUCUCAAUGCCUUCCAACAAGAGUCUACAGACAAAGUUCGCUCCUCCAAGGUAUUAGCGAAGACCCGCAAAAGCCAAAAACUAAAAGUCGAGAUUCAAAAGUAUGAUACGGCAGAACCGUCUAUUUUCUCGCCGUCAGGGACAAGAGAAACGGAUUCUACUACACCAUCUUCCUUGCUUCCGUCACCUGCAUUACAUGCUCGUGCUGCUUCGUCCAUUCAGAUAGCUGCCACUGAUCAACAGAACCAACAGCAGCAACAUUCAAAAAAUAUGCGUGUGAUGAAAAAUCCAAUUCUCAACUCAUAUAAUGAAAUCGAGGUCCAAAUAGACCCCAACAACGUCAACUAUGAGACGCAACCUACAUCAGCAGUGUCAUCCGGAGUUGUUGAACAGUUCCAAAAGUUAAAACUCCAAGCGCAGUUGGCAGAUCGCUCCAAGCAAAGACGCAAGCGAAAGGAAAAGGUUACAAGUCGAAAGGCGAUGGUCGAUGAAUACAAACACUUAUGGAAGGAAUAUGAGCAAAUUCAAGACAAAGUGAACAACAAAAAUCGCUGUGGUGAAGGCAUUCCCGAGUCAAUAUCCUUUUUAAAAGAUUCUGAUGCAUGGUUCAUUGACUUUCACGCGAUUCACCAUGGACAAACAUUGAACAGUGGAACGAAUGCUUCUAGUCCCACUGUUGCAAGCUUAUCACUUUUGUCACAAACAAGCACUGAGGCGCAAAAGAAGUUCUUUCAAAUGAAAUCAUAUGAGAGGAAACAAAGGAAGAAGAGAAAAGAAUCGUUGGAGCCAAACACAGCCAAGGAUCAGUCGGCCUCUUCAAGAUCUCUCAUACAUGCAACGUUGGGAGAGCGUGGCCAUUGUUCCAAAAGGGUGCAAACUGUUGAAGCCAUACGGUACAACGGCAAUGAUGAUUACAACGUUCCCUACCGAAUUCGUUCAUCUCCGUCGACCGAAAAUACCGAGUCCUAUCUUGACCAAACUCUAUCAUACCUUGCACCUUCUUCUGAACCCGUAGAAAGCGACAUGCCCUCCUCUCUUGCACUUGACAACAACUUACCUCGAAAAAGAAACCAAGAUCUAAGCAUCCGUCGUCUAUACUGCACAUCGACAAGCAACGAAAAUCAUGCCAACGAGGUUGUCGGAAAACAAGCUGCCAAUUCUUUUAAUCCCCCAAUUUCUGAAAUGUCGAAAGGAUUUUUGAUGAUGUGCAGCCCCAAAUCAAGCCUUACGGAUGAAAAGAGCGCAGUACAGAAUGCUGAGCGAAGUGCGAAAAGAUAUAUGCAAGAAGGACAAGAAAGAGUCAAUGCACAUUCGGGCAAUCAGAUUUGGCACAUGUCUAAGGAUCACUUUAUGGUGAUGUCGUCUCCUCCACCAGCUUCGAUAGAGACGGACAAAAGUGAUAACUAUUCGAGUGAAAGAGGAAAGGUUGAACAGGCUUCGGAUAGAUCACACCCAAGACCACAAAAGGCUUCGAAUCAACUGAAACCUACUAUUGAUUACAUGUCAAAAGCAGACUUUCUUCGAAUGUCAGCUUUGCCUGAACCAGUCCCUAUGUCGGCUUUACCGGACCACGUCCCAACGACGGUUGGCGAUCCAACCUUCGAUGAUUCACAAGUAAUGUCAAAAAUAUCUUGCGAGGACACUUUCAUGUCCCAGGGUGGAAAUCAAGAGGGAAUAGAGGAGGAUGACGAAAGUCCUCAAGCCUCAACGUCAACCGACGAAGACGAAGAAGAUUACUAUGCAUGGGAUGGACACAUGGACGAUGAGGAGUUCUGGGAUAUGGAUAUUCGACGACAAUCUCUCGGCGAUAUCGAUGAACUAGCUUCACAAGUUUCCAGCCGAAUUUCGACGCUUCUAACGAAAUUUCGGGAGGACAACAACUCGAUUAAGACAAGAAGCGUCAACUUAUAG